AUGGCAACCGAUGGGACAGAUACAGCAGCUUUUCCAGAAGGCGAUGCAGAAGCUGAAUUAAAUCUUAACCUAAACAAGAAAUUCGACGUAGAUCCUGUUUCAUCAGAGAUCGCCGCUGAUAAGGUACAGCAAAACUUGGAAAAGAAGAUAAACGCAAAGGCAACGAGAGACGCAGCGCAAACGCUGAAAAAGACGAUCAUCAUAUCAGCCGUGAUCGUGGCCGUUGCCGGAGCUGCCUUCGCUAUCACCAAGAAAAUGAAAGAGAAAUGA